AUGAAGGGGGAAUUUAACUCUGAUUUUGACCCUGCCAGCCUGGACUUUGAGCUUCACUUGGAGAAGAUUCACAAGUGGACCUCCAGCAGCUUGGAGGAGAAGGAAAUCUUCCUCAGGGGCUUGUGGAACUGAACCAGUGCUGUCCCCCUUGUGAACGUCCCUUGGGGUGCAGUGGAAGGGAUGCAGAGGCGCUGGGAGGCUGAGCUGCAGGAGGGGCUGGGCACGUACCAGGAGAUGACUCCGGAGGAGGCUACGGCCAUCCUGGAGCUGAUGGACGAGCACGAGCCCCUGCUGAACAACUCCGUGGCCUUUGCAGAGCAGCUGGGCCGGGAGCUCCAGGAGCUGGAUGAGGCCAAUCUCCGAGCCAUCAUCUCUUCGGAGCAGCAGGUGGUGCAGCUGAUGAGCUCCAUCGACGAGGCCCUGGCCGAGGUGGGCAGGGUGGAGCAGACCCUGCAGGUUUGUGAUGAGCUGCUGGGGAGCGUGAAGCAGCAGAUGGAUCACAUCCAGCGGGAAAACGCCCUGCUGCACCGCGUGGCUUCCAACAGGGCGAGGCUGAUGGAGGAGAUCCUGUUCCUCACGACCCAGCUGCACCUGAGCAGGGAGCACCGCGCCGCCCUGAGCCGGGCGGAUCUGUCCAGCCCCGCGGCAGUGGGAGCCUGCACGGCUGCAGCCCAGGCCUUGUCCGCCUGCAUGGCCGUUCCCAUCCACCCCAGUUACCGGAAGCUGCAGGCGGUGGCUGAGCAGCUGAUCCUGUUUGAAACCCUCAAGCAGAACUUUGAGAGCUCCUUCAUCAGCCACAUCACCAACAUCUUUAAGCUGCAGGGCAAUUCCCAGUCCCCUGCUCUUGGCACCGUGGCUGCCCCAAGCCAUGGACAUCACCACGAGGAGCUGCUGCCCUACACCCCCCUCAUGGCCUGGCUGAGGAACAUCAGCCCUGUUCUGUUCUGGGACCUCCCCAAGGUCUAUUCCCAGAACCUUGGCAGACUCUACGAGAGGGAAAUCAAAGCCCUUUUUGAACAGGCCAAAAUGGCCCUGUCAGGGAGAAGAAAAGCAAGUCUGCAGGAAACUUGGGAGAAGCCCAUGGGGAGAACGAGGAGGGGGAGCCAGGAGGAAAGCCCAGGCAGGGGGAACAUCAGCAGGGUGUUGGAGCAGGUGCUGAGCCAGCUGCAGCCCCUUUGUGCCUCGGAGCAGAAAUUCCUGCAGGAAUUCUUCUGGCCGGGCUGUGACUCCCUGGAGCUGCAGGUGAGGGGAUCUGCCCCUCAGGGAGGAGAGCCCAGGGCACCUCCAGAGGAGCCUCCUUGCACCAAGCCCCGGAGCCAGCCAGAAGAAGCCACAGCCCAAGUGCUGAGGGAGCUGUUCAGCUGCCUGGAGCCGGAGCUGAGGGCAUUUCUGGAUUUCUGCAGCAGGGCUCAGCCCCUGGGCUGCCUGCAGGUCCUGGGGACCUUGAGUGACUCCCUGCUGGGGACCUGGGGCUCUUCCCCAGCUCCCUCGUCCUUCCUCCUCUCCCUCCUGGGGAAUGUGCUGCUCCUGGCCAAGAGCAACUUCAACAAAUGCAUCGGGACCUUGUGCAAGGAGGUGGAGGAGGCCAAGACUCCCAGCAGGACGAGAGGGGGGAUCCUGCCCUGUGUCAGCCGCUUCCAGCAGCUGGUGGCUUCCUCUGAGGAGGUGCUCAGGACAUCCCAGCGCCGGGGGGAGCUGGACAAAGCCCAGCUCAGGCUGGCCAGCAGCGUCUUCAGCAGCAUCAGCAGCCUGUCCUCAGCAAACCUGAAGGUGAACACGGAUAUGGUGAUGAUGGAAAAUUUCCACCACGUCCACAACUUCCUGUGCCAAAAGGACAUCCCCUGCCUGGAGGACAAGAAGAGAGAAGCCAAGCAAAGGUUCAGAGAGCACAUGGAGAAAUAUGUCACCACAUCCCUGGGCCAGCUCCUGGAGAGGCUCCAGCAUUUCUUUGAGGGGGUCAAAGCCCGCCUGGCUCAGGGGGUGAAGGAGGAGGAGGUCAGCUUCCAGCUGGCCUACAGCAAGCAGGAACUGCGGAAAGUCAUCGAAAAAUAUCCUGGCAAGGAAGUCAGAAGAGCCCUGGAGAGUCUCUACAGGACAAUCCACAAAUGUCUGUCCCCAGAGGGAAAUCUCCUGCCGGUGGUGUGGAAGGCCGUGGAGCUGGAAUUCAUCCGUCAGUACCGAGAGUUUGAGGAGCUCAUCCAGCGCUGCUAUGCAGGAGCAGGGAUUGCCCUGGACUUCACCAUGGAGGACUUGCUGAGCUACUUCAGCUCUAUCAGCACGUCCAGCAUGUAGGGAAAUCCCUCUCUGGAUAUCGGGAGCAGCUCAGGAAUCCUUGUCUGCAGCCACACCUCUGAGGAGCUGAUCACAAAACCAUUCCCAAGAUGGAUUUUUGGGGGUUCUCACAAAACCAUUCCCAAGUUGGAUAUUUGAAUUCUCACAAAACCAUUUCCAAGUUGGAUAUUUGGGUUCUCACAAAACCAUUCCCAAGUUGGAUAUUUGAAUUCUCACAAAACCAUUUCCAAGUUGGAUAUUUGGGUUCUCACAAAACCAUUCCCAAGUUGGAUAUUUGAAUUCUCACAAAACCAUUUCCAAGUUGGAUAUUUGGGUUCUCACAAAACCAUUCCCAAGUUGGAUAUUUGGGUUCCCACAAAACCAUUCCCAAGUUGGAUGUUUGAAUUCUCACAAAACCAUUCCCAAGUUGGAUAUUUGGGUUCCCACAAAACCAUUCCCAAGUUGGAUAUUUGGGUUCCUACUCUGAACUUAACCCCAAAGUCUCUCCAACUUGUUAGUCCUGGACUAAAUCUCUCUUGGGGAGUUGUCAGAUCCAAACCACAACUUCCCAGCUCCAGGAAAGUGUUUUCCCACCAGGAAACGACCCUGCAAGCCUCAGAUUUCCACCAAAGUGGGCACUGGUGCUGCACCUCCCCAGCAGAACAUUCCCAGUGGAAAAUCGUCUUCUCUGCAGGAAUUUUCUCCUUUCCUGUGCUCGAAUUUCAGUGAGCCCGUGCUCAACCAGAGGAGACACUCUACUGUGAGGUGUUUCCACAUCCAGACAUCCCAACAGGCACCGCUGCUCCACAGCCCAGCACUGAAAGUCCAGAGCUGUAAAUAUUAAUGGAUUUAUUGCUUUUAGCUCAGAUUUACUCACAUCUCAACUGGAGUGGAGGAAUGUGUGGUUUUAGAGAUCCAAACCGACCCCUCAGGGAAUUUCCUGCUUUUGACUCAUUUUCGUGGGAAUCUCCCACACCAAUAUAUUGUCAUUCUUUAAAUGUUGUCUCUGUUUCUUGGGAUGGUUGUGGGAUUCA